AUGAGAAAUGUUUUCUUUGGUGUAUACUUAGGCAUCUUCAUCCAAGAGAAGAUAAUGAUUAUCGAAAAAAAAGAUUUAAAAGAAUAUGAAAAUUCUCUUAACACCAAAGGAAUUACUUUCCCAAUGAAAUUAAGAGAUAUUACAAAAUUUGAAAAACUUAACCCAGAGCUUCCGGGUAUUAAUGUUUUUUCAGUUGAUAAAUUUACUUUUUAUCCUUUGAGAAUGGCGGAGAAAGAUUGUUUAAAUACUAUUGAUUUAUUUUUGUAUGAAGAAGAUGGUGUUUCACAUUACACACUAAUCAAAAAUUUUAAUCGUUUAAUUAGGCCCCAAAAAACUAAGAGUAAUAAUGGGCCAUUAUUUAUUUGUAAAAGAUGUUUUACACAUUUUACUAAAGAUGAAUUAUUACAAAAACAUAUCACAUAUUGCUCAAAUAAUGAAACAGUUUCUGUUAAGAUGCCAGAAGCAGGUACAAUGUUAUAUUUCAAAAAUUAUGAAAAACAACUUCCAGUGCCCUUUGUAGUUUAUGCAGAUUUUGAAUGUUUUACUAAACCAAUGAAUACUUGUGUACCUAACCCAAAAGAAUCUUUUAGUUACAAUUAUCAAAAGCAUGAACCAUCAGGAUUUUGUAUUUACAUUAAAGGGAUAGACCCUAAUAUAUCAUUUAAAACAAUUAUUUACACAAAGAAUGAUGAUAGUGAUAAUGUAGCUGAGAUAUUUGUUAACAAACUUGCAGAAGUAACAAAAAGUAUAUAUAAUGAUUUUUAUCGUCGACCAAAACCACUUAGGUUGAGUAAAGAGGAACAGAAAUCAUUUGAUAAAGCGGAAAUUUGCCAUAUUUGUAGUCGCGAAUUAAAAGAAGAUAAAGUAAGAGAUCAUUGCCAUUUUACUGGAAAGUAUCGUGGAGCAGCACAUAAUAGUUGUAAUAUUAGAUGUAGAAAACCGAGAGUACUACCAGUUAUAUUCCACAAUCUUCAAGGUUAUGAUGCUCAUUUGUUUAUAAAGCAACUUGCUACUCUUUCAGGUGAGUUAAAUUGCAUACCAUCUACUGAAGAAAAGUAUAUUUCAUUUUCAAAGGAUAUUAAGGUUGGUGAGUACAAAGACCCGUCUGGAUCAGUAAAACCAAUAAAUUUUGAAAUAAGAUUUAUAGAUUCAUUUAAGUUUCUUCAAACAUCGCUUGCCAAUCUUGUUUCAAAUCUAUCCCCAGAUGAUUUUCAUAAUACAAAAAAAGCAUUUAAGAAAAAUGUAAACCUAUUAACUCGUAAGGGAGUUUAUCCAUAUGAUUAUGUUUCGUCACUAGAAAGGCUGAUCGAAACACAAUUACCUCCAAAAGAGGAAUUUUAUUCAAAGCUAAAUGAUGAAGACAUAACUGAUGAUGAUUACCAACAUGCUAAUAAUGUUUGGGAUACUUUUGGGUGUAAAACAAUUAGAGAUUAUCAUGAUCUUUACCUAAAGUCUGAUGUCCUACUUUUAUCAGAUGUAUUUGAAAACUUUAGAAAAACUUGCCUCAAACAUUACAACCUUGAUCCAGCUCAUUAUUACACUUCCCCCGUGCUAGCUUGGGAUGCGUGCCUCAAAGAGACAGGCCAACAUUUAGAGUUACUACAUGAUUAUGACAAACUAAUGAUGUUUGAGAGAGGUAUUCGUGGAGGAAUAUCUCAUAUAUCAAAGCGAUAUGGAGAAGCGAAUAACAAAUAUAUGAAAGACUACGAUCCUGAUAAACCUUCUACUUAUAUCCAAUAUCUCGAUGCAAAUAAUCUUUACGGAUGGGCAAUGACACAACAACUUCCAACGCAUGGGUUUAGUUGGAUGAAAAACCUAACAAAAGAGCAUGUAAUGGACAUCCUAGAUAAAGCAAAUCAUAGUAUGUCAAAUCGUGGGAGAAAAGGGUAUAUAUUUGAGGUAGAUUUGGAAUACCCGCCCAAGCUAUGGGCCGGCCAUAAUGACUAUCCGCUUGCACCUGAAAAGAUGAUUGUUAAUGGUGUUGAAAAACUUAUCUGUCAUUUUAAGCCCCGAAAAAACUAUGUUGUACAUUAUCGUAAUCUUAGGCAAUAUCUUGAGAUGGGAAUGAGGUUAACUGCUGUUCAUAGAGGAAUAUCAUUUUACCAAUCUUCUUGGAUGGAGCCUUACAUAAGAAAAAAUACAGAACUUCGAAAAACAGCAGCUAACAGUUUUGAAAAAGACUUUUUCAAACUAAUGAAUAAUAGCGUUUUUGGAAAGACAAUAGAGAACAUAAGAAAAAGACAGAAUAUAAUUCUUAUUGAUGAUCGUAAGAAAGCUGCCAAACUAACGAGCCGGCCAAACUUUGACCGCGCAACAAUAUUUGACCGCAACCUUAUUGCAGUUCAUAUGAAGCGUACAGAAGUGUAUUUUAACAAACCAGUAUAUGUUGGCCAAGCAAUACUUGAUCUGUCAAAAACAUUAAUGUUUGAUUUUCAUUACAAUUAUAUCAAAAAGAAAUACCGGCAUGGGGCUGAGUUAAUGUUUACAGAUACUGAUUCACUUUUAUACCAAAUUCAUACAGAUGAUUUUUACCAUGAUAUAACCCAUGAUAUUCUUGAGAAGUUUGACACAUCUGAUUAUCCUCCUGAUCACCCGUCUGGUAUACCAACAGGAGUUAACAAAAAAGUAAUAGGAAUGUUUAAAGAUGAAGUAGCGGGAAAACAGAUUACACAUUUUAUUGGUCUUCGUCCAAAACUUUAUACUUUUAAGAUAGAGGAUGGAAAUACUACUAAAAAGUGUAAAGGAAUAAAGAAAAGUGUAGUAAAAAAGGGAAUAGAUUUUGAGCAUUAUUUUGAGUGUUUAUUUACUGGAGAAAAGCAAAUGAGAACCAUGAAAAUUAUAAGAAGUGAUUCCCAUGAUAUUUACUCAAAGGAAAUAAAUAAAAUAGCUUUGAGUAAUGAAGAUGAUAAAAGAAAGGUCCUUGAGGACUGUGUACACACUUUGGCUCUUAGGUAAUUUUAGUUUUAAGAUAACAAGUUACAAAUAAUAAAUGUCGCCGUAUACAGAAGAUCAAAUAAAAAGAUACUUGAAAUAUUGCAUAAUUAUACUAAACCUAAAGAAGAAAAAGAGGACGAGAUCGGCGCUAGUAGAAAAGCUAAAUGCUGUAACUGCCCAAAUAGUGAACGUUUUACUAUUCAUUUUGGUCAAAAAAUCUGUGAUGAAUAUGGAGUAUCAAACGGCCAUGUAUUAGGUUUUUUUGAUGCUAAAGAUUAUGAUAGAUUACAUUUUCGAAAAAAGAGUAUUUAUCAGAGACGCUACUAUUACGAGAAAAAGGUUAAUCAAGUUUCUAAAAGACUCCAUCUAACAGAUGAACAAAGAUAUGAACUUUAUAAUAAACUAAUGGCAAUAGACAAUAACGCCAUGGAAAUACUAAACAAACGAUUUUGCCGGAAGAGAAUGAUAAGUAUUUUUUAUUUGAUUAAAAAACUUUUGGAGGAAAUGGGGGGAGAAUAUAGCAAAGCGAGCAAACUAGUUUAUCUUAAGAUUUCGCCACAAACUCUGGAAAAUUAUGAAAAGUGGUGGGCCUCCUACAAAUCACUCAACAACGGCCUCAGCCACGCCUUUGUGGAAAAACCAGUAAACAAUCCCAGUUAG